AUGGAGACGUCGGGGUCCGGGGAUGGCGGCGGUGGGGGAGUGGUGGAGGAGAAGAGGAAGGGUAAGCAUAAGGGGAAGCACGACAAGCCCAAGCCGUGGGACGAUGACCCCAACAUCGACCACUGGAAGAUCGAGAAGUUCGACCCCUCCUGGAACGAGGGCGGUUUGCUUGAAGUCAGCUCGUUCUCCACUCUCUUCCCGCAAUACCGAGGUAAAAUAGUAGAACGAACGCAUUUCCGUCUCUCCCUCUUAUGCCGGUCCCUCUGUUAUCCCCUUGAUUAUUCUCUUGGUUCCAAAUGAGACGAGUAUCGAAUGUCCCGUAUACUUCAUUGCUUUUAUGCGGGCAUUUGAUGAUUACAUCGUGGCCUGGUCUUUAUUUCUUCUACAACUAGUCGGCUCGGUGAAGUGCAGUGAUAAAUAGUGUGAAAUCCCCGUGAAGUGCUUUUUAUGCACCGAAAAUUGUGUUCUCAGUGUUGGAACAUGCUAUUGCCCUCGAGAUCGUUCUUCCCCUUUUUUUAUGAGAUAUAGAGUCGUUGCUUUGAACCCUUUCUCACCGCGCGUUCUUGAUUCUCUGGCUUGUCUCAGAAAAGUACUUGCAGGAAGUUUGGCCCAAUGUAAAACGUGGUCUUAGCGAGUAUGGAAUUUCCGGUGAACUUAAUCUAGUAAGUGGUCGAAAGCCUUGCAUUGAUAAUAUGUAUCUUUAUAUUUUAUUGGAUCAUUCGUUUGUUAAGUUUUGGUAACAUGACUUUUUCUCAAGAAGCAGGGCCGUCGUUGAAAAACCCUAGGAUAGGCCUGCGCUAGAAAAUCGUGGUAGGCUAUUUCCAGACUGAUCUUGGACUUGCUGAGAGAUAUCAGAAAAGCUGGAAUAAUCUGUCUGCCUGUGUUCUCGUUUUACCCUUGGCCUUUUAAGUUGCAAUUGUCUUUUAAACUAGUUGCAUUAUGGUGCAUAUUCUCUGUAUAUUUUUCUAAUAUUUUUUUAACGUCCUUGCAUUAAAAAUAGAAAAACAUAUCAUGUUGUGGUGCUUACUGAUGGCAGCUUUGACUAAAGAAAGAAAGAGUGUCUCAUAAUUUCUUACAAGACGAAAGGCUGUAUGCUCAUCAAUUUAAGAAAUACAUAUUUUAAAAUUUCCAUUUUAUUCUAUGUUAAACUUACAAGAUAUUUCAUGUGAUUGAUGUAUUCUAUAUAAUGUUUUAUUUUUGAUACGCAUGAUGCUCUCACGUGUUUACCUGUAAUGCUAGACGAACUGAAAUUGUAUUCAGAGAUGAACCCACAAUAAUGGAACGAGGCUUAUUUACAGUAUGAACUCAUUCUCUAUAAACGUUGUUACUUAUGUGUAAGGUGGUAUGUUGUUGCUUAGUCUAGAUUGUUUUUUAAUUUUAUCUCCAAGAUUGCAUAUGAGUGAACGUACUUUUUUAUUUGUAAACCAACACCCUCCAACAGAGAAAAAAAUUAACAGUUUUUCGUUGAUCAUAUUUGUAUCUUUGGUGAUUUGUGCAUUUUGGCUACCUGGUCUGUGGUUCUGGGCUGAAAGUUCUUAUUUCCCUCAGGUUGAGGGUUCAAUGACGGUUUCAACAACAAGGAAGACGCGUGAUCCAUACAUUAUUGUUAAAGCAAGGGAUCUCAUAAAGCUUUUAUCAAGAAGCGUUCCUGCACCUCAGGUAGUUAAUUUUAUUUUCUUUUGGUAUACAAAGUAUAGGCUGCCUUACCAAUAUCUAAUUCUUUUUUUUUUCUAAUAUAAAUGAUAAGUUACAUUGGUAAUUAGUUAGUGAUUCUCGUCUUUAUGAGGGUGAUUACAUUGAUGAUCAUGCUCUUUAGCAACGGUCUUGAUCUAAUAUAUAAGCGGAAUGGUGUAAAAUCUCAUGACGUAAGCAUCUUUUUGCAUCUCCGAAUCAUGUAAACCUUCUGGUAUAUGUUACAUGAGAACAUAAUUUAUUUUAUACCAUCAUCAGACUGAGAUUUUCAUGUCUCCAUCAUUAGAGCCUUACUGUCGUUCUUUGAUGUCGUCUAUGAUGAUAUGAAGGAUUUGAUGCUCACACCUCUAGUAAGCUCUUGUGAUUCCAUGGUCAUUGGUUACUUCGCCUCAUUUACUUCCCGUUGGUCCAUAUAUGUGUCUAUACCUCUUUGUUCAUCUAAUCACUCUCCCCCCAAAACCUACCUUUUAUGAAUUCGACGUCUCUUCAUUUCAAACUUUCUCCAUCAAGCAUAAGAUCUCCUCGCUUCAUCACUUUUGUCCGAACCUUCUAUUUCUGUAUCUCACACGUUUCUGUCUGGCCAUUAUGCUGCAGUGUAGUUCUCACUUGAUAGAUAGAACCUUAAACUUGAUUGUUCUUAGCCGUGUUUGUAGAGGUAAUACGAUGAAUGUUCCUUGAGAACUCAAAAUUUCACCAUAAUAUACUUUGACAGUCGUCACAUAGGAGCUGCUUUCUUAUCCGAGAAGGAAGAAAGCUAAUCCUUGGAGAUAUCUCUUUACUUUAUGACUGAGUUUCAUGGUUAUUUGAAAGGGACACGAGUUGGUGAUUAUAAUUUCUUCUGCAUCUAAUUUUCCUUAUGAUAGGAUUUAGGGUCCUCGUUGGAGUAGGUAUAAGGAGUUUUGAUCACAGGAUCUCAGUUAGAUUUGAAUAUUAAAUUUUUGAAACACUUCUCCUUUAAUAUCCUUGUGGAAAUAUAUGCCAGAUCAGAGCAACAAAUCUGUAGAUGAAUGAGCAAAGAGGUUAGCGAAGGUUCUCACCUGGUAGGAUGUGAAACGCUGUACUGUCCUUCCCUGUCUCUUGCGUAUCUAUAAAUUUUAAUGCAUGCUUAAAGAACUAAAAGGAACAGUGAACGAACACUUCUGGGAAGUACCAAGUAUGGUACUUAUGCAACGGCCAAUCUAAAUCAUCUGAGAUGCUCUGGCGAUUGUAUCUCACCUAACUUCACAGAAUUGCUCAUGCAAAUGAGAGGAACAUCUUUCCACGCCUCUGCGUCAUCCAUUUAUCUUUAACCAAACUGAUUAUUACCUUAUGAUGGUGUUCAUUGAGUUGUAUUUAUUGUAUUUCUUACUUAACCUAUUCUAAGAUUUCUACGCUCUAAAGUACCUAUUCUUUCUUUCCUUCCCCGUAACUCAUUUUCACUUUUACUGAUCGGAAACUCAAUUUUGCAGGCAAUGAAGAUAUUGAAUGAUGAAAUGCAGUGUGAUGUGAUCAAGAUUGGUAAUCUGACCCGCAAUAAGGUAGUUUUUCUCUCCUCUCCCCAGUUCACUAAUAAAGGUAGGAAGAUAAAUUGUGUGAUGGCGUCAGGCAUAAUGUGCUUGGCAUUCAUGUUAGAGCUAACACAUUGUGUUUGCAAUUUUUUCUCUAGCCUAUGCUAUUUGUUCACCCUUUUUAUUUUUAGUCAUCCUCAGGUCUAUCUUUUUCGUUUUCUGAGAAAAGAGUUUCUAAGAUAAACUCUUUUUUUAGAAGUUUUUGAAUAAAUCUUCCCUUUGCAUCAGUUUUUUAAAUUUUUUGCUUGAAUUUCCAAAAGAGUUUCUCUUGUCUAUCUUAGAAACUGCUCGACUGGGGUUUUCAUCAUUUUGAAUUUGGGGUUUACUAACUUUCUAAUACUUCGUUUGGGAGAGAUUUCUUCCCUGACUCUGUGGUAACUAUAAAUGGAAGUUCUUUUAGUGGUUAGAACCAUUGAGGUUGCUCCUUAACCUUUCCCCGAUCAUUUUCUAAAGGCAAAAAUGUGAGAGUUCCCCCAGUGGGUUUCUUCAUCCAUGACCUUUCAGAGUGGAUGCUGUUUAACGUUUACAAAGGUUCUUUUGGAUAUUUUGAGGCAUAUUCCAUGAAAAUUCAAGAAAGAUGAAAAAAUGCUCUGAACUGGUCUUGUGCUGCUAAAAUCCAGGGAACAUGGAAGCUAUUUUAAUGCUUUCGGACUUCUUAGUGAGCCUGGUCACCUGUUUGUUCAAAAUCCGACAUUUGAUGAGCAUAGAUCUGACCAUAGGAUGGCCAUUGUGUUAAGAAGAAACCGGAAUAAUGUGAUUAUUAGUUGAAUCUGAUCAUAAAGUUGUAAAAUAUGACGGAUUUACACUCGAACGAUAUAUAAUAGGAACAAUAUUUUGCACUCGUUUUUUUUCCAGUCAACUGUGCCCUCCAAGUUUUUGGAAGCUCAUUCUUUAAUAGAUGUAUAUUUAUAUUCGUUUCCAUUGCUUAAUCCUUUGGGUACUAUCUGCUUUCAAAAAUAAAUAAGAUUAUUUAUUUUCAGCUUGCUUUGGUAGACUCCUUGAACCUUGACAAUAAGUCUAUCUGCUGAAAUUUUGAUUUUUGUUCUAUUUGAGUGAGUCUUAUUUUUUUUCUUAUCUUUUUGGGGCCGUAAUCUGUCGAAUCUAUAUAGAGUGGAAAAUAUGCUGUCUUGUACUCUUUAAUGAACUAUACUGAAAUUUCUCAAAAAGUAGAAACAAUUCUAAUUGAUGUCAUGUCUUUUAUCUCUUUUUCACCUAUAUUCACCCAAAAGAUCUCAACAGUGAAUCGGAUAGAUGUUGUUAUCCUUUCUAAAAUGUGGUUUCUUGCAGGAGAGAUUUGUCAAACGGAGACAGCGACUUAUAGGCCCUAAUUCGUCUACUCUUAAGGUGCAUCUCUUUUAUAUAUCGUGAGAGAUUUUACCUGCUUGUACUUACUGCCACAUUUUUGUGUCGUUUUUCUACCGGUUGUGGUUUAAUGAAUCGAGUUUUACACUUUACAGGCUAUUGAAAUUUUGACUGGCUGCUAUGUCUUAAUCCAGGUAUACAUACGGUUUUUUCUGUUCUAUUAGUGUAAUAUUUCACUUCUUUUUUGUACGAUUAUUAGUUAGCUUCUCACAUUUUGCUACUUUCACAAUAGGGAAACACAGUGGCCGCUAUGGGGUCAUUCAAGGGUUUGAAACAGGUUCGGAGGAUUGUGGAAGAUUGCAUACAAAAUGUCCAGCAUCCAAUUUAUCAUAUAAAGGUGAUGAACCUAGAUUUCUGUUGCCUGGCGAAGUAUCCCAUGAUGUUCUUUAUUUGUAUGCAAUCGUGAAUUUAUUGUUUAAGGUGUUCUUAUACUCAGUUUAUUGCAUUCUGGCAGACUCUACUCAUGAAGCGUGAGCUUGCCAAGAAUCCAGCGCUAGCAAAUGAGAACUGGGAAAGAUUUCUUCCGAACUUUAAGAAGUACACCCAAACGUUCAUAAAUUCUGCUUUACUAUGUUGUCGUGAAUGGAAAGUUGAAUUUCUUAUCUGUAGCCUUUAUGAAAAAAAAAAAAAAAAAGUGUUCUUCACAGUUUCUGUCCUCGCUGGGUUUGCAGGAAAAAUGUUAAACAAAAGAAAGCAAAGGCAAAAGAGAAGAAGCCGUAUACACCUUUCCCACCUCCUCAACAGCCUAGUAAGGUAAAAAUGUGUAUAAAGUUUGUUUCAUCUCAUGCCUAAGGUAUUUCCUAUGAAUUCUACUAUAUUUAAAAUAGUCUGGCUUUCUUCUGUUUUUAAAAGAAGUAAGAAUUUGGGGUAUGUUGCUAUUCCAUUCUCCCUUUGUGCAUGUUUUUGAUACAAAGUUUCGCCCGUUGUUUUAGCCAAACCCCGCAGUGAUCAGGUGUGCGACUUCAUAUGGAAGACUAGUAAAUCGUUGGAAGGCUGUGGUCUUAUAUUGUAUGUAUGGGGUGCUUAUAUGCGUAGUUAUCCGUGUUACUGCCUUGUUUUGAAGUGUGACCAUCACAUUGCUGAUAAGAAGAUCAGCCCUCAUGGUAUCUGACAUUGAACUGUUAUGUCACCGUUGAUCUUUCUGAGCUGCAUCCAUUUAUUUUAGAACAAUCAUUGGUUGUUCAUAUCUUUUGCUUUGUGCCAAUGAUUCCAGUGGAAGUUGAGCAUGAACAACGAAAAGCCAGGUGUUUAGUUAUCCACAGUUCUAAAUUUCUACUUAUCUAUAGAGUUCAACACACAUUUUCAUUGAUUUCGAUGAAAAUUUGGAGUAAAAUGGAGCCCUUCAUUUAAUCUUUGAAUUUCAUGAUUUGGAGCAUUCACCAUUGGCUAUAAAUACCUGAAUAUUCUCCUAUAUUUUUUUAUUUCAGAUCGACCUUCAGUUAGAAAGUGGAGAGUACUUCUUGAGCGACAAGAAGAAAUUAGCAAAGACCUGGCAAGAGAAGCAGGAGAAGCAAGCAGAAAAGGCAGCUGAGAACAAGAGGAAGAGGGACGCUGCCUUUGUUCCGCCGAAGGUCCCACUUUCAGAACUUCGCCCGUGUUUUUCAGUAUUAUAGGAAUCAUAUCUCAUUUUCCUUCGGUUUGUUCAUGCAGGAAGCUCCCAAAGAUACUUCCGAAUCUAAUAAAUCACAAGAUAAUAAUCACGAACUGAUUGCAUUGGCCAAGUCGUUGAAGGUAGUCUACAACGCUUUCAAGACUGUAAAUAUAUGCAUACAUAUAUAUAUAUAUAUAUAUCUACCUUAUGAUUUAUUUAUUUAUUUAUAUAAUGUAUGUUAUGUUUUAUCUUCAGCAUGAACUCCUGAUAUGCUCCUUUUAUAGCGUUGACCCGAUGAGAAAACUUCGGAUCUCAGCUGUGUAGAGUUAUUUGAAGUCAAGCAUGCCGAUCCAUCAUCCCUCUGAAUUGCUAACGUUUCUUCUUCCGUCAAUGAACAAGGGCCCACCAGCCAUAGCUUUACAUUACAUUCCUGCCGUGCUAAAUAUUAUUCGGCCACUCUUCUCAAUUGCCCCCACGUUCUUCAUGCAGAAAAAGGCAAGGGAAUUCAGCAAGCACAGUGACAGCAAGAACAUCAAUCCGGAGGCAUAUAUCGCAGAAUCUGGGGAACAGCCCGCGAAAAAGAAGUCCAAGAAGAAUCGAUCAUAA